UCCUCUGCAGACAGACGGAUGCAUCAGUAUAUCCUGAACAACUGUUUCAGCGUGGAGGACCGAGCUAGUGGUCAAGGUGGGGAGGAAGUCAGCAAUGUCGGAGAGGUUGGAUCUGCCUGGUGCUGGUGACGAAGCCGAGGCGGAGGGAACGAAUGGUCUGGCAUCGUCGUUGUCAACCCCGAUGGGCUGACCGACGCCAUAUUGUUGUAUACGGUGUUUGUCAGUUCAUCGCGACUGACGCGAUGGUGCCAAGUCUUCUCGUCCCUCUUGGCGCGCAUGAAGUCCACCCAGUCGUUAGGGUCACUGUAGGUCGUGGUGUAUGGUGUGCCAGAGCGGCGUUCGUUCCUCCGACGCCAUCCUAUCAUCAUAGUGGGGCUUGCCAAGGAGGGAUUGAGAGCGUAUGCCGGUGCAAAUCGAAUGGAUGGAUAGGCAGCGUGUGGCUCGGUUCAGUAUCAAUCUGGUUCCUCCAGGCCGUCACCUGUUCGAUGACCUCAAAUAGUUUUCCUGCUACCAAUGAGUUCCUCAGUUUCUGUACCAGUGAAUGACGCACUCACCAAAAUAUCUCCUUCACAAGCAAACGGCAUAUUAUCCCGC